AUGUUAUCUGAAAAUUAACAAACACAAUUUUGCUUAGAAAACUUAAAAGAUUAAAAAGUUAACAAAGAUUAUCAGGUCAAAAAAUGGGAUGAAAAGAAAAAAAAAAUAGUAAAGGUUAAAAUACAAAUCACAUUUACAUAAGAUAAUUAAAUGAUUUACUAAUAGGAAGGUGUAAUUUUGAGAUAGUAUUUGAUUAUUUUUGCUAUAAAAGGGAAUUUAACUAGGAUGAUUUCAGAGAUUAAGAAAUCUUAACAGAUAUGGAAUAGAUCUAAUUUCUUUAAUGGUAAGGUGAGUAUGGACCAAACUAGAAAAAAUAAGGUAAAUGGAUUGCAAUUUGGAAAGGGGAAAUGAUUGAGGAAGUUGGUGGAUACUAUGAGAAUGGAUUAAAGUUAGGUUAAUGGAAACAACCAAGUAAGAGUUAUUGGAGGUAAAAUUUAAGUAUGUAUACAAAAUAGUCAAGCUCAACUAUAUGAAAGCGGAGAAUACUUUCUUGAUUAAAAAUUAGGGAGAUGGAAUUACAUCUAUGAUAACUAAAUUAUGUAUUAUUAUUAAUUGAUUUAUUAGUGGAGGUGGGUCAUAUGAUUAAGCAGGUGGCUAAAAUAAGAUUGGUUACUGGAUUGAUUACGACGACCGAUUUUCGAAUUACAGACAAGUGGCUCAUAAUGGUUAAUAUGAAAAUGGCAAAAAAGUAGGUAGAUGGGAAAUUGAGUAUAGAUAUGACAACAAUUAUCCAUUCUCUAAAAUGUAAACAAUAUUAAAUAAUUGGGGACAGCGGUGGUGGAUUAUACAAAGAUGGACUUAAACAUGGCUAGUGGACUGAUUUGGAUGAAGAUUUUAGUGAGGAAAAAUAAGUAACGCAUAAUGGUGAAUAUCAAAAUGAGAUAAAAGUUGGAAGAUGGGAUAUUGAGUAUAGGUUGAAUAGCGAGAAGCUAUUUACUAAAAUGUAAUAAAUAUAUUAAAUAAAAUGGAGACAGUGGUGGUGGACAAUAUGUUGAUGGAGUUAAGAAUAGCAAAUGGAUUGAAUUGGAUGAAGAAUUUUAGAAUGCCAAAUAAGUAGUUCUUAAUGGUGAAUAUAAAAAUGGUAAGAAAAUGGGUAGAUGGGAUAUUGAGUAUCGGUCAUACAGUAGUGAUCCAUUUUAUAAAAUGUAGAAAUUAUUAUAUAAAUUGGAAAUAGCGGUGGCGGAUAAUAUGAUGAUGGAGUUAAGAUAGGCAAUUGGAUUGAUUUAGAUGAGGAAUUUAAGUAUUUAAAGUAAAUAAUUCAUAAUGGUGAAUAUUAAAAUGGUAAAAAGGUUGGUGUAUGGGUGGAAAUGAAAAGAGUUUGGUACUUAAUGGAAGAAGGAUUCAAAAAGGUUAAUGAAAUUAAAUAUGAUAUUUGA